CGGCUCGCUCCAAAUGUUGGUGGGACAGGAUCUGAGGCGCACGGGGGAGAGUUGACGAUCGGCUGCUGCCGCCGCGCUUGUGGGGGGCUUUUCCCCGAGCUUGUGGGGGGCUGCGUGUGGCUCCGCGCUGGGUCUCCCCGCACGCCGGGGCGCUUCAAGACGCCGCGGUAGCGCGCAGCCCAGCCGGAGGGCGCACGGGGCCCGCUCGCAUGGCCCCGGGGCUGGCCACAUAAUGUUGGCAGGGGCCCCCCGGAGCAGAGCGGAGCCCUCGGAUGCUGCCCGCUGCCCCCUGGAUUACCGCCCUCGCCGUUCCGCCGUCCCCGCCCGUCCUCGCUCGACCCCCGCUGGAGCCGGACCAUGGCCUCGGAGCCCCGCGUUGGAGAGCGCGCCCCGAGCUCAGCUCCGCCGGGCCGGGGAGCCGGCUGCGCCCACGCCGCCGCGGCGCUGAAGGGGAUCUCCAAGGGCGAGGCCGGGGGCCCGCGGGCCCCGCUGUGGCUGCGGGCCCGGCUCCAGGCGCUGCUCUUCGCGCUGGGCUGCCGCAUCCAGCGGCACUGCGGCAAGGUGCUGCUCGCCGGGCUGCUGCUCUUCGGCGCGCUGGCCCUGGGGCUCCGGGCCGCCGCCAUCGAGACCGACCUGGAGCAGCUGUGGGUGGAAGCUGGCAGCCGUGUCAGCCAGGAGCUCAGGUACACGAAAGAGAAGCUGGGGGAAGAAUCCGUCUACACGUCCCAAAUGCUGAUCCAGACUCCAAAACGGGAAGGGGAGAACGUCCUCACCCAGGAGGCGCUGGAGCUGCACCUCGAGGCGGCGCUGGCGGCCAGCAAGGUGCAAGUCUCGCUGUAUGGAAAAUCCUGGGAUUUGAACAAAAUCUGCUACAAGUCCGGUGUCCCCAUCAUUGAGAAUGGCAUGAUCGAGCGGAUGAUCGAGAAGCUUUUCCCCUGCGUGAUCCUGACCCCGCUGGACUGCUUCUGGGACGGUGCCAAGCUGCAAGGAGGCUCCGCCUACCUCCCGGGGCGGCCGGACAUCCAGUGGACGAACCUGGACCCCGUGCAGCUGCUGGAGGAGCUGGGCCAGUUCACCUCGCUGGACGGCUUCCGGGAGCUGCUGGACAAGGCGCAGGUGGGGCAGGCCUACGUGGAGCGGCCCUGCCUCAACCCCCGCGAGCCCGCGUGCCCCACCAGCGCCCCCAACAGGCUGAGCCAGCAGGACCCCGACAUCCCCUCCGAGCUGACGGGGGGCUGCCACGGCUUCUCCCGGAAAUUCAUGCACUGGCAAGAGGAGCUGAUCCUGGGUGGCACCACAAAGGACCCGCAGGGCAGGCUGCUGAGCGCUGAGGCCCUGCAAACCAUGUUCCUGCUCAUGAGCCCCCGGCAGCUCUACGAGCACUUCAAGGACGACUACGAGAUCCAGGAGAUCGGCUGGAGUGAGGAGAAGGCGGCUGCCAUCCUGGAGGCCUGGCAGAGGGAGUUCGUGGAGCUGGCGCAGGAGUCCCUCCCGCACAACAGCUCCCAGGGUGUCCACGCCUUCUCCACCACCACGCUCAGCGACAUCAUGAAGUCCUUCUCGGACGUGAGCGCCAUCCGCGUGGCCGGGGGCUACCUCCUGAUGCUGGCGUACGCCUGCGUGACCAUGCUGCGCUGGGACUGCUCCAAAUCCCAGGGGGCCGUGGGCCUGGCCGGCGUCCUGCUGGUGGCCCUGUCCGUGGCGUCAGGACUCGGGCUCUGCUCGCUGCUGGGGAUCUCCUUCAACGCAGCCACCACCCAGGUGCUGCCGUUCCUGGCCCUGGGCAUCGGGGUGGACGAUAUGUUCCUCCUCGCUCACGCCUUCACCGAGACCAGCCAGCACGUCCCCUUCAAGGAGCGGACAGGUGAGUGCCUGAGACGUACGGGCACCAGCGUGGCCCUCACCUCGAUCAGCAACAUGAUCGCCUUCUUCAUGGCAGCCCUGGUGCCCAUCCCCGCCCUGCGCGCCUUCUCCCUGCAGGCUGCCGUGGUCGUGGUGUUUAACUUCGCCAUGGUGCUGCUCAUCUUCCCGGCCAUCCUGAGCCUGGACCUGCACCGGCGCCAGGACCAGCGGCUCGACGUCCUCUGCUGCUUCUACAGCCCGUGCUCCUCCCGCGUCAUCCAGAUCCAGCCGCAGGAGUUCGCCGACGCCAACGAGAACCAUGCCUCCCACCCCUCACCCUACGGGCACCCGGCCGUGGCCACCCGCACCCAGAUCACCACCACGGUGCAGGCCUUCACCUGCUGCGACCCCUCGGGCCGGCACAUUGUCACCAUCCUGCCACCCACCGCCCAGGUCUGCACCGCGCCCGCCGUGCCGCUGUCCCCCGCCGACCCGCUGGGCUCCCAGCUCUUCGCCCCGGCCAGCUCCACCCGCGACCUGCUGGACGGGGCCAAGGGGGGCCGGGAGUGCGGGCCACUGCCCCUGUGCCGCUGGAAUCUGGCCGACUUCGCCAGGGAGAAGUACGCCCCCCUCCUGCUGCAAACCAGACCAAAGGGCAUCGUGGUGCUGCUGUUCCUGGCGCUGCUGGGGCUCACCCUGUACGGCACCACGCUGGUGCACGACGGGCUGUACCUGACGGACAUCGUGCCGCGGGGCACCAAGGAGCAUGCCUUCAUCGCCACCCAGGCCAAGUACUUCUCCUUCUACCACGUCUUCAUCGCCACCCAGGGCGGCUUCCACUACCCCAGCUCGCAGGAGGCGCUGUACGGCCUGCACCGGGCCCUGGGCGGCCUGCCACACGUGGUGCGCGACCGCGCCCGCCAGCCGCCCAAGAUGUGGCUGCACUACUUCCAGGACUGGCUGCGAGGCCUGCAGGCCGCCUUCGACAAGGAGUGGCAGGCCGGGCGCAUCACCCGCGACAGCUACCGGAACGGCUCCGAGGACGGCGCGCUGGCCUACAAGCUGCUCAUCCAGACGGGCGACAAGAAGGAGCCGUUCAACUACAAUCAGCUCACCACGCGCCGGCUGGUGGACGAGAACGGCAUCAUCCCCCCGGAGACCUUCUACAUCUGCCUGACCGUGUGGGUGAGCAACGACCCGCUGGGUGUCGCCGCCUCCCAUGCCAACUUCUACCCCCCGCCGCCCGAGUGGAUGCACGACAAGUACGACGCCACCGGCGAGAACCUGCGAAUCCCCGCAGCCCAGCCCCUGGAGUUCGCCCAGUUCCCCUUCUACCUGAGCGGCCUGCGCCAGACCGCGGACUUUGUGGAGGCCAUCGAGAGCGUGCGGGCCGUGUGCGAGGAGGCGGCCCGGGAGCGCGGCGUGGCCAGCUACCCCAGCGGCUACCCCUUCCUCUUCUGGGAGCAGUACAUCGGCCUGCGCCGCUGGUUCCUGCUGGCCAUCAGCAUCGUGCUGGCCUGCACCUUCCUGGCGUGUGCCCUGCUGCUGCUCAACCCCUGGACCGCCGGCAUCAUCGUGGCCGUGCUGGCCAUGAUGACGGUGGAACUCUUCGGGAUCAUGGGGCUGAUGGGCAUCAAGCUGAGCGCCAUCCCGGCCGUGAUCCUCAUCGCCUCGGUGGGCAUCGGCGUCGAGUUCACCGUCCACGUGGCCCUGGGGUUCCUGACGGCCAUGGGCAGCCGGACGCUGCGCUCGGCCCUGGCCCUGGAGCACACGCUGGCGCCCGUGCUGGACGGGGCGCUCUCCACGCUGCUGGGCCUGCUCAUGCUGGCCGGCUCCGAGUUCGACUUCAUCCUGCGGUAUUUCUUUGCCGUGCUCACCGUCCUGACCGUCUUGGGCCUCCUGAAUGGCCUGGUGCUGCUGCCCGUCCUGCUGUCGGUCAUCGGGCCCCCGGCCGAGGUCAUCCCGGUGGAUAAUGGCAGCCGCCUGCCGUCACCAGAGCCCAUCCCCCCGCCCAUCAGCCAUCACGGCUUCUACAUGCGGCCGCCCCCAGCCUGGCCUGGCGCCUUUGCGGACUCCUCGAACUCGGAGUACUACUCGGAGAGCACCGCGGGCUCGGGGCUGGCCCACGCCCAGCCCUACGACCCCGGCGCCUACAUCCUGCCGCCCGCCCCAGCCCGGGUCCUGGUGCAGGCCGGCAAGAAUCCCAGCUUCCCCACCAUCACGGUGGUGAAAACCUACCCGGAGAACCAGGAGCCGCCGGGGAAGAAGGAGCCACCGAGCACCAACCAGCCCCUGCCUGCCAGCGACCCCCUCCCAUUGGCCGGCCCGGAUCUCAGGGACUUGCCCCAGCACAGACUGCCCCGGCCCGGCCCCCCUGGAGCCAGGACAGCCCCACCCCGAGCCCCCCGGCCCCUGCGGACUGCCCUCCCCGCCUACAGCGGCAGCUACGCCACGGUGAUGGCCACGGCCUCCGUGACGCUGGCCCUGCACCCUCCCCUGCCAGGCUCCUUGCAGGGUUACACCCACGAGAGCUACGAGGACAGCGAGUCGGACUGCCCGGAGGAGCCCGGCCUGCCCGCCUGCAACGCCCACGGCUGGGCCACACCCGAGAGCCGCGCACUACACCACCCGGGACGGGCAGAGGGCUCCGCGAGGCCCUAGGUUGCCCCGGGAAGCGCCGUGGUUCCUAGCCGAGGCCUGCCGUGCGGCCGGCUCCAGCUCCCGUGCCCAGGGAGCGGCAGAGCGGAGAGACGCGGCGAGCGCUGGCACCCGUGCGUGGAUGCCAGCUGAACACUGAGCUGGAGCGAGCUGUUGGACGGGUGACCUGCGCCUGGCGCUGCCAGCAGGGGCAGUGCCCACGGGCGGGGGCAGGAGCGGGGCUGCCGCCAUCCCUGCAUUUGCUGCUAUUCCCCAGUGAUUAAUUAUUCUUAUUUUAUUAUUAUUGCUCCGCGCUGGGACGGAGAUCUGCCCUGACCUCACCUGGCAGCGCCCCGAGCCCCGCAGCAGGCGAUGGCUGCCCCGGGCUUGGGGGCACAGCUGAGCCUUUGGGGGAAUCGCUGCAUCAAGGUUUCUAUGCAAGGUGUGUGUGAACGGGCUGGCCCCUCAGCCAUUCCCUUUCCCCACUCCCCCCAGCUGUCCCCCACUCCAGUGUUCCCAGGUCAGGUCCCUGCCCAAGCGGGUUGUCCCGGGGCUCUGCACCCCGCACUGGCAGGGGCAGGAAGCCGCCCGUUAUGCGUAUGCCCUGGGGCUGGGGGUGCUUAGCGGAUCCCUUGGGCAGGAGCCGGGGCCGUGCCCUGCUGCCCUGCCCCCAGCACUGAGUCGUGGGGCUCCCCAGGAGACCGGGGCAGGGAGCAAUUGUGUCUGGGAAGAGGCCCAGCAACGCCCCCAACAGGGGAAUGAGAUGCCGGCCCCAGUGGGGAGACCCGACCCCUCCCUGGCCUGGGAUGGGAGCGUCGGGGGGAGCUUCCCUUCCCCUGCUGCAGGGGGCUGAGCUCUGGCCCAGGGGGCGCCCUGGACUCAGGCGAGGGGCUGGAACAGGAGCCGUGUCCCCCCGACCCUGGGAGAUGGGAACGGCCCUGACCCUAGUUACUGAAAAGGGAAACUCUCGCUCACAGAGUAGGACAUUUUCUCACUUUAACACCUAAAUCCUGACUCCAGCGGGGCCUAAUGAAUAGAGCGCUGGCCUGGGCCUCAGGACACCUGGGUUCUUCUCCCCGCUCCUUGGGAAAAGUACUCCCUUCCUCCCUGCCUCAGUUUCCCCAUGGGGACAACGCUACCCAUCCUCCUUUGUAAAUGGCUGUGAGACCGAACUGUGAGGGCUCCUCCUGUGUGUCCUGGCAGGAAGCGGAUCUGGGGCAAAUUGGAGCGGGAUGUGCUCCCCCAUACAAGCCCAUCCAAGGCCUAGGUACCCCAUAUGUCUCACUGACGCCCUUUAUGGGGUCCCUUGAUGCUGCCCGAUGGAAGUUGACUGGUGGGGGAGGGGUGUAUUCCAAACACCCUUGUGCAAUUGCACAACUCCCCUGCAUGGCCCCCCCCCCACACACACACACCCCACACCCGCCUGGGCACUUGCAGCCAGAUCAGGGAGCCUUUGAAAAACAGAAACCUGCCCCCUAGGAUGGGCUUUUCCCCCACUGCCUGCCAGGCCCCGAUCCUGUGGCUGGGGCCACUCGCUGGAGGCAGGCAGAGAUCAGCUGGGCUCCCAGGGGGUUGGUGUGGAGUUGCUGGCCCUUGCCUCUCCGUUCCCCGGCACUUUAAAACCCCCUCCGGCCCCAAGGUCCCCAUCAGCCCCGCCUGGGGCUUGCCUUUGGGUUCCUUGCCCAGGGCGGCGACGGGGGCCUGGUCCAACCGGCAGCUUCUCAGCGAUUGUCCCCGCCUGGGCCAGUGGGUGUGGCUGGUGGAAGUAACUCAGCCGUCAGUACGGCGUGGAGCUGGGGUACCCACUGCCCUGAGCCGCCAAGCGGCGUGCCUGCCCCCGGCGCCCCCUGAGACAUAGGGGGCAGGUGGGGCGCGCGGUGCCCCGGCCCCAGUCGGGCCAUGCCAUAUAAAUUAUUUAUAUUACAAAGAAGAAAGGUUUAUUUUUGUAGUUUGUACAGACCCUUAGCCGUGGGCUGGAAGGUUUAUUUUUAAAGAGUAAAAUAUAUAUUGUCUAUCCCGGA